ACCAAGGAACAACAGCGACCGUACAGAGUUACAAGUAGCAUUAGGUUCUAAAUGUGUGGCUUGCUAGGUGGCUACUUCGACCUGUUACCCCGCUUGGCGGGUUGUUUAUCAGCGCCUGCUUUCACGCCCCGCUGUAGAAAUGAAGAGGAAUGGUGCUUAUAGAUUGCUGUCAGUUUUCUCCUGCCUCGCCGUUUGUUUAUUUUUGCUUCUAUUUUGGUUCGUCGUCUUUUAUACCAUGGUGAAGGCACCGUAAUCACUGUAAAAUGUCUAUUUACGUCUAGCCUAGAUGAAAAUUUUAAAAGGUGAUUAGUUCGCAACUGUCACCAUCCAUCAGAGAAUCCAGUUUCCAUUUUAGUGGUACAUUACUCGCGUACGUGACAUGUUUCUAAAGGCACGCACCGUGCGUCUGACGCAAGUCUUGACGUAAUUGCGUCACACACCGGAUGAGGAAGUGCGACUUCGAUCUCACCGCGGGGGAGCAGGUCUGAGAGCUGCAAUGGCCGCUGAACCCUCCGGCGCAGGAUCUGCCGGACAGAAGCUGCAGUUCGCCCCUUUCUGCAGUGCCCUGGAAGCCGGCUUCUGGCACCAGCUCACCCAACGGAAACUCGACGACUACCGUCUGGACGAGAGUCCCAGAGACAUCAGGGGCUAUUAUUACAAUGGUGAUCCUGUCGGCCUUCCCACUCGCCUGACUCUGGAGUUCAGUGCAUUCGAUGUAAAUGGCCAGACUCCAGCCAGAUGCUGUCCAGCUUUUGGGACUCUGUACAACACCAACACAUUAGAAGCUUUUAAGUCAUGUGAUAAGAAAGCCCUCCUGGAAAGCUCUGCGAAAGAGAUCUGGGAAGCGAUACAGUCCGGCAGCUGUGUAGAGGAUCCAUCUGUCCUGUGCAAAUUCAUCCUGCUGACUUUUGCAGAUCUGAAGAAGUAUCGCUACUUUUACUGGUUCUGCUUCCCGGCCCUCUGCUUCCCCGAGGCCGUCCCCUUUCACCAGCCUCCUGUCGCCCUGGAGAAAAGGUUUUCCUCCAAGCAGAUUGAAGCUUUGCAAGGUGCCUAUGAUGGGCUCUGCCAAGAGAAUGGAGGUACUGCGGUCCCUUAUUUUCUGGUCAGAUACUCGGAGGAAGCAGUGCUAGUGUCUCCACUCAAAAACUGGAGCAGUUUCUUUAAAGACCAGAAGAAGGUGACCGUGGGAGUUUAUGAUCCUUGUACUCUCUCCCAACAUCCUGGAUGGCCCCUGAGGAAUCUGCUCGCUCUGGUGGCCUGCAAAUGGGGAGAGCUUGUGGAUGCCGUCGAAGUUCUGUGCUUCAGGGACAGGACCCUGCAGGGCUCACGCUCCAUUCAGCACAGCAUUAUCUUUCAGGUCAAGCUCCCUCAGCUGUCUGUCUCUGCAGGAGUUCCCAAGACCGUCGGCUGGGAGAAGAACCAGAGAGGAGCGAUGGGACCCAGGAUGGUGAACCUCAGCGAAUGCAUGGACCCUAAAAGGCUGGCGGAGUCGUCCGUGGACCUUAACCUGAAACUAAUGCGCUGGAGACUUGUGCCCUCCUUGGAUCUGGACAAGGUGGUUUCCACCAAGUGUCUGCUGCUGGGAGCUGGCACCCUGGGCUGCAAUGUGGCGAGGACCUUGAUGGGGUGGGGGGUGCGUCACAUCACCUUUGUGGACAAUGCCACCAUCUCCUACUCGAACCCAGUGCGCCAGCCCCUGUACGAGUUCGAGGACUGCCUGGGGGGCGGGAAGGCCAAGGCCCAGGCUGCCGUUGAGAGGCUGAAGAAGAUCUUCCCCGGAGUGAACGCCGAGGGCCACACGCUGAGCAUCCCCAUGCCCGGCCACCCGGUGAACUCCUCGGAGGCCACGGUGGCCCAAGCCCGGCAGGAUGUGGCGCAGCUGGAGGCCCUGAUCUCCGGUCACGACGUGGUCUUCUUGCUAAUGGACACCCGCGAGAGCCGCUGGCUUCCCACUGUCAUCGCCGCCAGCCAGAGGAAGCUCAUCGUCAACGCUGCUCUCGGCUUCGACACCUUUGUGGUCAUGAGGCACGGCCUGAAGCUGCAGAAGAACGCAGGGACCGCGUCAGCCCCCACCUCCACCGGGUCUACUCCCGCCUCAGAGUGCUUCUCCUCCUCCUCCUCUUCCUCAGCUGGCUCCAUGGCCGUCCACGGAGCCUCUCUCUUCUCCAACAUCCCGGGCCACAAGCUGGGCUGCUACUUCUGCAAUGAUGUUGUCGCCCCGGGUGACUCCACGAGGGACCGGACGCUGGACCAGCAGUGCACCGUAAGCCGGCCCGGCCUGGCCAUGAUAGCUGGGGCUCUCGCCGUGGAGCUAAUGGUCUCCAUCUUGCAGCACCCCGAAGGGGGCUACGCCAUCGCCAGCAGCAGCGACGACCGGAUGAACGAGCCCCCCACCUCCCUGGGCCUCGUUCCUCAUCAGAUACGAGGAUUUUUGUCGCGAUUUGACAACGUGCUUCCAGCCAGUCUGGCUUUUGACAAGUGCACUGCCUGUUCGCCAGUCGUACUGGAUCACUAUGAGCGAGAAGGCUUUGCGUUCCUGUCCAAGGUCUUCAACUCUUCGCAUUCCUUCCUUGAGGACCUGACAGGGUUGACCCUGCUGCACCAGGAGACGCAGGCGGCAGAGAUCUGGGACAUGAGUGAUGACGAAAGCGUUUAGGGCCACGCAGGGAGCAUAGAGGGAAGUGAGAGCGUCCUUUACAGCUCCGACCAGCGUUUGACUCUGCGGAAGGGAGGCGCUCGACCCAACGGCCCGGUGCUGCUCAGGAAAGGCCCACUCAGAUCUGCACCAGGACUUUAUUCGGAUAUUGGUUGGUGAUAAGAAUGAACAACAAAAUGCAACUUGGUCAGCGCAAGAAAAGUGUGCCUACCUAAAAUGUCAUACUGCUUCAUUAAAAACUGGACAUCUCUGUUCAUUUAUUAAAGCCAUUCCUAUUUCAUGUGAAUUUCAUUCACACUA